AUGAAAAAUGAAGAGGGAAACGUGUGUGGAGCAGAAGUUAAAGACUUAGUAAGUCAGGGUAGAAGAAAUGUCGAGUCAGGAGUGCCUAUUCGCCAGAUCACUGGACAGAAAUGGCUCAUCAGAGCAAGAUGUGUGGUCAAUGCCACUGGACCUUCGACAGACCAGAUCCGACAAAUGGCUGAUCCCGAAGUGGACCCGAUUUGCGUGCCUAGUUCUGGAGCUCAUAUAAUUUUGCCGGGAUAUUUUUGUCCUGCAAAGACCGGUAUGCUUGAUCCGGACACUUCCGAUGGACGAGUGCUUUUUAUGCUUCCGUGGCAGGGUAUGACUCUCGCCGGAACAACCGACCAACAUGCAGACAUAACAUUAUCACCAGUGCCUACUUCUUCGGAAGUCGACUAUAUCCUAAAAGAAGCGAAAAAGUUCAUUACAAAAACAUUGCCCAUUCGCCGCCAAGAUGUCAGCAGUGUUUGGUCAGGUUUGCGUCCAUUAGUUCGAGAUCCAAACAAAAAAGAUACAAAAAGCUUGGCCAGAAAUCAUAUAAUUGAGGUCUCCAAUUCCGGAUUAGUGACAAUCGCUGGAGGGAAAUGGACAACUUAUAGACAUAUGGCAGAGGAGACCGUAGAUACAUGCGUAAAAGUGCAUCAUCUGAAGCCGAAUACCAAAUGCGUUACUGCUGGAUUAACACUAGAGGGCGGGCAUGAAUACGAUCCUCUACUUUACAUUCAUUUAAUGCAAGAUUACGGUCUCAGCAUGGAUAUAGCAUACCAUCUAGCGCAUACAUACGGUGACCAAGCCGUGGAGGUAACAAAGAUGUGUGAUGAAACGUCGAAUGGGCGUGUGACUACGAAGCGCCUUCAUCCAAACCAUCCCUUUUUGGAUGUUGAGGUAUGA